AAGAUAUAAUUUAUCUUAUUAUUUUUUUAAAAUAUUUAUUAAUUAUUUAUCCCAAAUUUUACUUUUAAUAUUCAUAAACUUGUCUAGUCAUGGAAAACGGGAACAAGAGUACAGAGCCGUCAUUAAUGGAGAGCACAAGACGUAGAAUGCCAGAGGAGAUGUUCCAACCUCUAAUAGAAAGGGAUAGUGAGGAAGAGCGAGUAACAGUGAGGCCAGGAGCCAACCCACUUCAUGGUGAUAGAGGCAACAUUGCUCUACUCCUUUUCCUCUAUACACUACAGGGAGUUCCACUCGGACUGGCGGCCGCCAUGCCAAUGCUACUGCAAAAUAAGGGCGUUGACUACAAAAAUCAGGCAAUGUUCAGCUUGGUUACCUGGCCGUUCAGUAUAAAGCUGUUGUGGGCUCCUAUUGUAGACGCCUUGUUCUCAGAACGAUUUGGACGGCGUAAAACAUGGCUAAUACCAGUGCAGUACCUGCUAGGAUUGUUCAUGCUGCUGCUCUCAUACCAUGUCAACUACUGGAUCACAGACCCAAAUGGGCCACACAUCGUCCUGUUGACUGUUAUGUUCUUCAUUCUCAAUUUCCUGGGUGCUACACAGGACAUAGCAGUCGAUGGUUGGGCCAUCACCAUGCUUAAGAAGCAGAACGUUGGGUAUGCUUCAACAGCUAACUCAGUGGGACAGACAGCUGGCUACUUCAUAGGUUAUGUCGUCUUUACAGCCCUAGAGUCUGCGACAUUCUGUAACAGCUACCUGCGUACAGUACCUCAGUUUGAAGGCAUUGUCACUCUGCCCAGUUUUCUGUACGGCUGUGGCUGGGUGUUUCUGUUAACUACGACACUCGUAGGAGUGAUGAAGACAGAACUACCGCCCAGACCAGAGGAUGAGCCGAGCCUGGAUAUUCUUGGAACUUACAAACAACUACUGAGGAUCAUAAGGCUACCAGCUGUGAGGAACCUCGCUUUGAUAUUCCUUACUGUCAAGGUGGGCUUCAGUGCUUGUGACAGCGUGACCACACUAAAACUGAUAGAGGGCGGAGUCCCUAGAGCCAAGUUUGCGAUGAUCGCUGUAUUCCUCGUCCCUCUACAGAUUGGACUGCCUCUGUUGCUAUCGAAAUACAUUGUCGGGCAGACUCCAUUGGAUAUGUACAGCCGUGUGUUUCCUUAUAGGUUAAUAUUCAACUUAGUGGCAGCUGCUUUUGUAUGGGUGACACCUCGUCUUAUCACGGAAGGGGACGUCCCAAACAGUUAUACUGUUAUACUUGUCAUCUUAUUUGGAUUCCAUCAGGUGACUAUGUACACGAUGUUUGUGUCACAAAUGGCGUUCUUUGCACGCAUCAGUGACCCUGCGUACGGAGGAACAUACAUGACUCUUCUGAACACCCUCUCUAACUUGGGGACCACAUGGCCUAACUCUCUUAUCCUACUAUUUGUUGACACUUUUACGUUCAAAUACUGCUCUAACAAUCCAACUAAUACUUGUCUGAGGACGGAUUUAAUAGAGGCUUGUACGAAAGAUGAAGGCUUCUGUCUUACGUGGAUUGACGGUUACUACAUUCUCACUCUGUUGUGUACAUUAUAUGGUCUACUAUGGCGAAGAUGGGGCUGUAAAGCUACCAGACAGUUACAAAGAAGAGACCUGAACGACUGGAAAGUAUCUCAGAGAGACAGAUAGCAGUCAAGCCUAGUCUAGUGAUUACCUUAUGUUGGCAAACUCACAUUACCUCAUGGAAAUGGUAUAUGUUGUAUCUACUUACUGCAAAUUUUAAUAUUUUAAUACCUACUCUUGAAAAGGUUAAACUGUCAGAAAUAUAGCCUUCAUUUACGUUACCGGUAUCGGUAUAUAGUAAACAAAUUGUACUAUGGCAAAUUGUACUAUGGCCUAGUGUGAAUUUUUGACUCGACAAUUGAAAUAUUUACUAAACAGGAGUUAAAAUUGGCGAAAUGAUUACUGUAUAACAAUGUAACUGUGUAAAAUAAACAUAGUAGUUUAAAACAGAAAAUUACCUGUUAGUGUUGUGGAUAAGGCUAAACACUGCUUUAAUGUCAGACCGACAGCUCAAAACAAUUAAUUUGGUUUUGCAUUAGGUAUUUAAAUUUUGUUUUGAGCCCUAAAAAGGUGUGAUAACUCAAUUUCAGAUUUUUUGUUGUAUUCAAGACAACAGUUUAAAAAUAGUUUUACAUGUGGGCCUAUACUAUUUGAAGUUCGAGGGUGGAAGGUGCUUCUCUCCGGGGUUCUAGGCCUUUAAUCUUGUUUCUUCUUAUCAAUUGGUUUGGUUUUCAAGCCAAGCUCUCUAUUCUCCUGUUGUAUGAUUGAGUGGGGAGUAAUUGCUUAAAGUGAUGGUAACUUUUUCUUACCCCAUUUUGAUAUUGGAGUAAAACAGAGAACUUUAUUAUUUGUCUCUUAACUACCAAUCUUAAUUUGCCCAUUUGCUUCAAUCUAAAGAAAAAUACAUCUGGAAGAAUUCACAUAAAAAUAGUUAAUGCAACGAAAUCUGUAUACAAAUACAGUGUUUUAAAAUACAUUUUGGGUUUGCCACCAUAAUGGUAAUAUUAACUGACUACCUUUGUAAGUACACAAGUGGUACAAUGGUCCAAAUGUUUGCUAAUGCACUCUGCAAGGAUUUUACUUUUUAUCAAUUUCACUGACAGAAUUGAUUAUCUCAGUUUUUCCAUUGAUUGUCGGACUCUAUGUUCAAUGGUGGCUGUGGUGUGAUAGCUUAUUGUGGAACUAUUUAUUGUUGUUUUGCACUGUACUAGUUUACAAAUUUUAAAUAAUGUUUUAAAGCAAUAUAGUUUAUUUAGAAUAAAAUAUUUUUCUAAGUUAUACUUUUUAUUUUUUUUUGUUGUAUUACAACCUCAAAGGAUGGAAAUAUUUUAGUUGUUGCUUGCUGUAAAAUAUCAGAUUACAAAAACAAUUCUUUAAUUUAAUGUUAGUUGUUUACUUAGUUAUAAAAAUCAACUAGUAGUGUACAUAAUUGUUAUGUACUAUUUACUUAUUUGUUAUUUAGUAUGCAAUUCAUUUAUUAUAUUACAAAGAGUUGCUCUACUAAUUUAAAUAUAAUUAAUUAACAUUUGAAAUUAUUUUGGUGGUAUUUAAAUUUACCAUUUUAAGUAUUUAGUCUUUAAAGACGAUAAACACAAUAGACCUACUGUAGCCUAAUAUAGAUAUAAUAAAAUAAAUACUUCUUACAAUACCUUUUUGGAAUAUUCAUUUGAAAAUAUUUUUACUUUUUUUAUUAAUUAUGGAUUGAAUUCGGUAGCAUGCAACCGAGAAAGAAAUAAUAUUUCUUAAAUAAGGCCAAUCCAAUUCAAUCUAUUCAUAUAUUAUAUUUGUAAUUUUUUAAUAUUAUUUAUAGAAAUGAGAAUGUACGGCAGCAGGAAUGAUAUUUGUAAGUUGUUUAUUUUUUAGAAAAUAUUUUGGUUGUUUUCUUUAAUUUUUACAUUAAUUUUCCUUAAGGGUGUUUAUGCUUAGGUAGAAAAUCAGUUCUUUACCGUACAUUUUAGUUGUGUUUUUUUUUUCUUUUUCUGUAAUAGAAAGGGAUCAAACUUAACUGUGAUUUCCUCCAACCUACACAUUUUUCUUGUAUGAAGUCAAUUGUAAUGGUAGUUAUGGUUUUCCAGCUUGUGACCAUACCUUUUUACAAAUUAAUAUCUGGCUUAUAUAAUAAUAAUUCAUUAAAUUAUUUAACUAAAAAAUCAUUUAUAGAAAGCUUUUUACGGUUGUUUUUUUUUUUUUUUGGGAAUUUUAUUUGUUUAUUGUUAAGUAAUGUUUACUUUACCCGUCUGACUUGAUGCUAUUAGUUAACAUUGCCCACUUAACUUGUGUAUGGAGGCAUUUUGCAAAAACAACAAUUUGAUUCACUGUACUCAAGAUUAUUUGUAAGGAUUUUACUUCCUAUAUAUUUUUAACGGAUUUGUAAUAGUUACAUUUGAUUAUUGUUAUAAUUUACAAUAUGUAGGCUAGCUAUACGUUUAAAUAUUGGUACCUGAAUGGUAUAAGCUUAUACAUUACAAUUGCAUUGUAAAAUAGCAUUUUGAAAAGUUAUCUCUGAUUUUUAUUCCAUUCCAUUUACAUUCUUAGCUACUCUGUUGCAUAUUGUAGUUUUCUGAAAUGUUUUUUUACUGAAAGAAUAAGUUGUUUUUUGGGUUUAGUUUGUUCAAUGUUGUUUUGGUGUUAUUUAUUGUAUUAUCAGUAUUUUAGCACAAAUAACUUAAUUUACUGAGUGUGCAAUGUGAUCAUUUAUGAUUUUUCUGAUCAAGUUUGUUGUUGAAUUAAAAUUGUUUAAUUUUGUA